AUGGAACCUGAGCCCCCAGCAGUAGAAGGGUGGAACCUUAAGUACUGGAGUGCUAGGGAAGUCCCCAAAGGAACACGGUCCCUGAGGGCCAGCUUCACGAAGAGAGGCUCCAUAAGGCGGUCACUGGACGCGCGUGUUACCGAGCCCGUUUUUGUUUUGUUUAAAAACCAGAUUCCUGUCAGAGCCCAGCCUCCCCACUCCCGCGGGAACAGGGGGAAGUGGCAGCGGGGGGCCGGGGUGGAGAGAGAGAAUAAAAGAAUGACCGAGUACAACCUGCCGUGCCAGCUAGCCGCUGAGGGCAGGAAAGGUAAGAGGCGGCUAGGAGGCCCGACGGCGGAGGAAACUGCUCCCCAGCCGUCCACGCCACUCCACGCGGCCGCAGCCUCCCGGGUCCCGCCCCGGGCUCGCCGCCCUGCCCCGGCGCCGGCCGCCGCCUCCCGCCUUACCCGACCCUCCCAGGACGCGUUUCCUCUAGGGCCGGACCCCCGCCCCGGCCUCCUCGCGGGAUAA